ACAGUCCCACCGUUGUCAGUCCUCCAGCCACAUUCUAACCCCACACAGAUCCUCUUAAAAUGGCUUUGCAGGCCGUCGGCUUUCUGCUGCUGUCCUACCUGAUGUUGUCAGCAGCCAUGUACUUUCAGCUCGGAGAGCAGGAAGAAAAAUGCAUCAUUGAAGAGAUCCCUGAGGACACACUGGUAAAAGGUCACUUCUUGCUGCAGCCUUGGAACCCGAACAUGCCUAGCCACUCCCCUCACCUGGGCGUCACGGUGACAGUCAAAGACCAAAACCAGAGGGUUGUGAUGUCCAAGCGUUACGGAAAAUCAGGAAAAUUUACCUUCACAGCUCAGAUCUCUGGUCAGCACUACCUCUGUUUUCAAACCAACUCCACCAGAUUCUCUGUUUUUGCAGCAGAAAAGAUGAAGCUGCAUCUGGACGUACAGAUGGGAGAACACAUCAUUGACCCCAGCGCUCAAGUGACCAAGGACAACUUGGAAGUUCUCGAGGAGAGUCUCAUGCACAUGAGGGAACAGAUGACGCACAUCACCAGGCAGCAGGAGUACCAGAGGGAGAAGGAGGAGCUGUUCCGGCUGAUCAGUGAGGACACCAACAGCAAGGUGCUGUGGUGGGCCGUGGUCCAGGCCUCGCUGCUGCUCUGUGUGGGUUUCUGGCAGAUGAAGCGACUCAAAGACUUUUUCAUCUCCAAGAAGCUGGUGUGAGGACCAGCUCUGCACCUGUAUGCUCUGUACCAUGAAAUAAAAAUGUUUGAUCUGGAAG